AUGUUGGCUUCGUGCUCUUCUCGCUCCUCGCCGUUGCUCACCAGGGCGAUGGCCACCCAGAAGCCCGCGACCGGAACUGUGGGAACCAAGAAGGUGAGGGGGUCUCCAUCCGAGGAUUCGUCUGGGUGUCGGUCUGAAGUUUUUUGCGUCAGCGGGAUUGUCUGAAGAUUUCAUCCUCUGACCUGUGGAGUCUUACUUCCAGCGGGAGUGUCAUCGAAUUUACUUGCUGUCGUUUUCGAGUUUCGGUUGUCGAUUCUCCGUUUUUCGGACGUUUUUGUUGUUUUCCUUGCUUCCGAAGGGCUUGGAGAUCCUUCCAGUGCAGGAUUUCUUCGGAACCUAAUAUAAUUACUGCCUUUCGUUACAGAAAUCUGGUUUCCGCGCCGCUUUGCUGUAUAGUUUGCGAGUUUAGUUUUCUAUAUUAUCUUCGCGUUAUCCUUGCUUCAGAUUGGGAUUUUAGAUCCUCCCAAUGAGGGAUUUCUGUUCAACCGAUAAACCUCCUGUUCCUCAUGGAGGAAAUAUUGCUGUACGCUGCCUUCCUAGCCCCUCUGUGUUGGCUUCCCCGUCCAUCAUUAUCAUCAUCAUUUUCUUCGUUUUUCUUAAGAGAAGAUUGACUGAGGCCCUAUUGUCUCAUCUGUUCUGUCAGGAUCUAGCCAGUGCUUGUUGGGGGGUAAGGAAUGAUUAAGCUUUGUAUGGAAAAACAUGGAAAUUUUUCUACUGGAGGGUAGAUGGCUGGAAAGAUGAUCAUUUAAAGUAAUUGAACGGAGAGAGGUGAAAAGUAAUUCACGUGGACAUUACUGCAGCCUGCGAUGUCCGCAAUGCAGAUGGAGUGGAAUGAAACAGAGAAGAAGAGAGAAGAGAGAUGAAGAACGGGAGAGGAGAAAACAUGCCUGAAAAAAUAAAUAUCUAAAGUAUGGCUGGACUUCUGGCUAGCACACAGAAUUCCCAGAUGAUAAGGGUACGGGAGGGUUCUUCGUUUGCAGACCUUUGAUCAUGGAGGAAACCAGAAGGAAAAAGAAAGUGAGAGAAAUAGAUGAGUUUAGUGAUGAAGAAUAUGAUACCAAGUUGAUACGUGCCUAGAACUUACAAAAAUAGAUCUUUAUUUACUUCAUUUUUUAUUUUUUAAAAUGUGUGUCCUUUAAUCACAGGAGUUCUUGGUCCCCGUUUGGUUUCUUUCUGUCUUAGGUUUUAUGCGUUGUUAUUAUUAUUAUUAUUAUUAAAUUAGUGAUAAGUUUUAGAAGGCCUACAUUUAUCUCUAUGAGGGAUUAUGUCUGCCUUUCCUUCAUGUUAUUUAUGAAAAUCUCGCCACAGGUAGGGUGAGGAAAGAUGAUGCAGAAGCGUAUUUUUAUCAACUGAAUUUAUUGUUUCAAAUGCGCUAAUUUUGAUCACUCCGUUCAUAACCACUCCUUUAGUUUCUUCCUCUUCUAGGAUUGUGCCUUUCUAUGAACAUCUGGUUACUAUUAUUAUUAUUAAUAAUAAUAAUAUAAAGCCAAGGUUAUUAGGGAUUCCAUUUCCCUAUUCUUCUUGAUAUUUCUAAAAAUCUGACAACGUGGUGUGUAAGGAAAGAUGAGAUGCUCUCAGAAAAAAAGGAUGUAUUUAACUUAACUUAAUUACAUCAUGAUUUCAUGUGUUAAUUUUUUGAAUAUCUAAUUAUUAUGAUUGUAUUUAAUCUUUUCCACUGAGUUUGGAUAUUUGAAUCAUAUGUAUCCUGACUGAGGGAUCGAUUCUGUCUCUGCCUUCUGCUGCUGGCGUGGUGAUAUUGCAGGGGUCAACGGUCUUCCCAGUGGGGGAGCCCGGGCCACGGGAAGUCAAAGGUGGGGGCAGCCCAAUCAAGCUGUUGACCAACGUGGAGAAGCUGAGGCUACUGACUAAGGCGGAGAAGGCAGGGCUUCUGUCGGCAGCAGAGGGAUUCGGGCUCUCGCUAUCGGCAGUGGAGAAGCUGGGACUGCUCUCCAAGGCGGAGGAGCUGGGGAUCCUCUCCGCCGCCACUGACCCGGGCACACCGGGGGCGCUUUUGGGGCUCAGCUUGGUCCUCUUGGUGGCAGGGCCGCUCUGUGUGUACCUCGUGCCGGAGCAGUACCCAUGGGAGGUCGUCCUGCAGGUCGCUGUCGUUGCGGUGGCGGUGCUCGGCGGCUCAGCGGCAUUCGCCGCCUCCAACUUCGUCUCCAGUCUUCAAAGGUCCAACUGA